AUGGUUGUGAUGGAGGAAAUCGUGGGACGCGCUGACGGACGCCCGCGAGAAGAAAACUCUGACAAGAGGCAGCAGCCCACCACAUGUGGAGCAAUAUUGACACAGUUGAGCAAUGUUCUUUGCAAUGGGUGCGAAGAUCCUGCCAUCAACGGCAAAGGGAAGGAGGUAGUGGAGGAGGCAGCCAGGUUGGUGAGGGAGUUGAAGAUCAAACUGGGGGAGGUGAUGCUGGCCAAGGUGGAAGACGCGACCGUGGCGACACGCGCACAACGCCAACCCGGAGGAGUGAAAGAAGCCAAACUGUCAUCAUGGGCCAAGGUCGCAGGACAGGGAAUUCCAGAAAAACCAGUGCCUAACCGAACCCUCCGCGAGAUUACUGUCCUACGCCGGGACUGCGAAGCCCUCCCAGCUGAGGAGGCCACCCCCCCAGCGAUUGUGGCAGCCGUCAACGCCAGAAUUGUGGAUGUGACAAAGGGAAAGGUGCUUGCAGCAAGAUGUCUCCCCAGUGGAGACAUCAUCCUGACAACCGACGCGAGGGAGACCAGGGAGGCCUUGACUAAGAGCAGCACAUGGCUGGAAGUCUUGGGACAAAAGGCGAAGGCAAAGCACACCCUGUACCCAGUCAUGGUUAAGGGAGUCCCAAUGGGCAACACCAACUGGAAGGAGGAACAGCAAGCCAUCAAGGCAAUUUACGCACAGAAUGAAGGACUCCGAAGAGGGGUACAAAUUGAGAGACUGUCUCUACGACGGAAUGCCAGCUUGCAGGCAAAGGUUGGGUCUCUUGUACUCAGCGUCACCUCGCCUCAGCAAGCCAACCUACUAGUAGACAAUGGAUUGAUAAUAGACAGCAUAUUUUGUGACGUUGAAAUCUUCCACCGGGAAGCGCAGGUCACCCGGUGCUUUAACUGCCAUGAGUAUGGGCAUACGGCCAGAUUCUGCAGGCAGGCCAAAAGGUGCGGGUUCUGCGCGGCAAAAGAACAUGACGACAAGGAAUGCCCAGCACGAAAAGCUGGGGAACAACCGAGCACCACAGAGCUCACAACCUGGGUCUCAGCUACAGGAGGACCUAAUGGACUACACGCAGACCCCAGCCCCCACGCAACAAUGAGGGACACACUAAACCUCCUACAAUAUAACGUGCACAACUCUGCGAGAGUUAUGGUCAAUGUGUAUGCACCUCCUCCAGGGGGCUACAGCAGUGAACCGGAGGAAUCCCCCAUAGGCCAGCUGCAGGAGGUAGCCGGAAUGGGCACAGAUGCAGAGCUGGUCAUAUUAGGAGAUCUUAAUGUCCACCAUGAGAGGUGGGGAGGGGUGAGAGUGGAGAGAAACUUCCGCAUGGCAUGGCAGCUAAUAGCACAGGUGGAUAGGCUGGGUCUCCAGCUUGCCACACCUGUAGGAGCUACCACAUGGCAGGACAGAGGCAGCCCAGGAACGACUAUAGACCUCACCUUUCUAUCACCACUCCUGCACGACAAGCUCAGGAGGUGUGCAAUAGCGGAGGAGGCAUGCAAAGGAUCUGACCAUAAGCCCAUAGAAACAACACUGGAACUCACACCCAUCCCAAAGGAGGCUGAGAGACGAAACUGGAAGAAUGCGGAGCCUGAGGAGGUAGCAAGGGACUGCCAAAAGCUAUAUGUGCCACAAAGCCUGGACUCCAGGCAAGCAGUCAAGGAGUAUGCAGACUACCUGGUAGGAUUUGUAGGGACAUUAGCGGACAAACACGCCACCGUAAGUAAGGCUGGGUUAAAAUCCAAGACAUGGUGGUCACCGAGGGUGGCCAAGGCAGUGGAGGAGUACAAGCAGGCUAGGAGGUCCCAGCUCCCAGAAAUGGAGCGGCUCAGGGCACGCCGCAGGCGCAACAGAGAAAUCCACUUGGCUAAGACAGCAAACUUCAGAGAUCUGGUUGACAGGACCCGUGAUGACCCCAGAUUGAUGUGGGGACUAGCAAAAUGGGGCAAGGAAAGAAGCCAUCUGCCCCCACAGGCACCUACUGUCCCCCCCCUGAGAACAGGGGAAGGGGCUGACGCGACGGUAGAAACCUCUUUUGAGGGGAAGGCUGAGGCAUUACGACAACGGUUCUUCCCACAGCCAGAGCCCGCCGACUUAAGUGACACCAAUAUGGAGCUGCUGCAAGCUGAAAGGGAAGCGUCAAAUGACACCAUCAGUGUGGAGGACAUGGAAAGCCUGAUCCAGAGACUGCCAAACAGGAAGGCACCAGGGAGGAGUGGGAUCACCAACGAGUUCCUUAAGAUGCUGGGCAGAACAUUUGUGGAGGCCAUAACAGCUCUCACCAAUGCAUGCUGGCAUUGGGAGACUUACCCAGACACGUUUAAGGAAGCCAAGACAGUGGCCUUGCGCAAGCCAGGGAAGGCUGACUACCAGACUGCAGGAGCGUGGAGACCCAUUGCCUUGCUGGACACAAUAGGGAAGAUUGUGGAGGCAGCAACUGCAAAACGCCUGCGGAAGAUCGCGGAGGACCACAACCUGCUACCCUCACAGCAAAUGGGGGCAAGAAGGGGCAGGUCCACUGAAACAGCCAUAGCACAACUUCUAGCCCAGAUAAGGACAGUGUGGCAGCACCCAGGACAGGUGGCAUCGGUACUCUCCCUAGACAUGACAGGGGCCUAUGACAAGGUGCUGCGGGAGCGAAUGGUUCACAUCCUCCGGCGACUGGGCAUCCCCAGGGACCUGGUGGGAUGGGUUGCGUCCUUCAUGACCAACAGGAAAUCCACAAUUGCCUUUGAGGGCCAGGAAUCAGACACCUUUGACAUCCCAGCAGGCAUCCCGCAGGGGUCACCCCUAUCACCUAUACUAUUCCUAUUCUACAAUGAGGAACUGGCUGAGCUGAGACUGCCAGGACAAACUAUACGACCGAAACAGGUGAUGAGGGUAUUGGGUGUAUGGUUAGACUCUAGGCUGAGAUGGAAGGGCCACCUGGACGCGGUGGCAGGCAAGAUGAAGACUCAAGUCAGAGCACUGUCCCAAACCACCCAAUCCACAUGGGGGCUCCCACUACGACAAGCGAGAAUGGUGUAUAACAUGGUCAUCAGGCCGGCCCUGACCUAUGGAGCAAUAGCAUGGCACCAGCCACAGGGGCAGGGGGGCACGGGUCCAGCUAAUGCAGAACUCCUGCCUCAGAAUAAGUGGCAGGGGCAUACAAAAGAACCCAACAAGCACACUGGAAGCGGAAACCCACACAGUACCUUAGACAUCCACCUGGAUGGGCUAGUGGCAAAGGCGGUCAACAGGAUGAAGGCCUCAGGAAUGGCGCAACAAAUUGAGAAUGCGUGUGCGGCCAUAAGGACCAGGCUUCGGCACCGGGGGGUGACAAGGGGGGCACAGAGACACAUGGGAGCUGUGGUUCACCCGGCAGCCCUGCCAGUGGACUGGGAACAGCAAUGGAUUCAGGGUGCUAAGGAGAGAGCCACAGCAGAGAUGACACCGGAACAACGAGCCAACCUGGACCAAGCCUCAUAUAAUCACUGGCUGAAGCGCGAGCAGCUCUGGAGGUGGGUGCAGAGGUGGAAAAGACGUGAGCCCCCCUGGGGGGAGCGGCAUGGCCGGCCCCCAGACAAGAAAAUUCUGAAGUGGCACACCGGCCUGCGCAAGGCUCGCAGCACUAUCAUCAUCCAAUUGAGGUCAGGGAAAACCGGACUGGCAGCUUUCCUAAACCGGUGUAAGGUACCUGAAUUCCCCACCCCACGGUGCCCCUGUGGGUAUGAAUGGGAAACAGUCGAACAUGUUCUGAUACACUGCGGACGCUGGGAGCAGCAGCGUCAGGGCCUUAUAAGAAAUGGCAGGCUAGACAAGAGGAUGCUGCUAGACACCAAGGAAGGCCUGCAUCUCCUGUCAAACUGGUGGAUGGAGAGCGGGAUUCUAGGCCAGUUCACAUUAGCACGCGAGCUGACACACUAUGUACCAUAA